CGUCGUCGUCUUUAUUUCAGCCUCUUUUUGGGGAGGAAAACAAAGCCAGUUAACAGUGGAAGUCGGUAAAUUAGCAUUGGUAAUCAGCGUCGUUAUACGAGUUACAACUAUACACCUGACCAACACAGCAAAGUACAACGUUUGAAGGUCCAUCAGCUCUCCUCAUGAUACAUCAGCAUUAAGGGUAUUUCCAUACUUCCUAAGGAUGGCUAGCUGUGGGGAGGUAGACCACUCUGUUAGCUCUCUUCCAUCCAGUAAGAAAGGCAGCAACAGUGGUGGUGGAAGUGGGAACAGUGCAGAAUCAUCAUGCUCUGGCUCCAGCAACUCAUCCCCAGCCCUGUCUGUACCGGAGUGUGCCAUCUGUCUGCAGAGCUGCGUCCACCCAGUCCAACUGCCAUGCCAUCACGUCUUUUGUUUCCUGUGUGUGAAGGGAGCCUCCUGGCAGAGCAAGCGCUGUGCUCUUUGCAGACAGGAAGUGCCAGAUGACUUCCUGGAAAGGCCCACGCUCCUCUCUCCAGAGGAGCUGAAGGCGUCGGCGGGAGGUCGGGCCGGAGCAACAAGUGACCACGCCUGGUAUUAUGAGGGCCGUAAUGGUUGGUGGCAAUAUGACGAGCGAACCAGCCGCGAGCUGGAGGACGCUUUUUCCAAGGGCAAGAAAACAGCCGAAAUGCUGAUAGCUGGUUUUUUGUAUGUAGCCGACUUGGAGAACAUGGUGCAGUACAGGCGCAACGAGCACGGUCGUAGACGCAAGAUGAAAAGAGACAUUUUGGAUAUCCCGAAGAAGGGAGUGGCAGGACUGCGUUUGGACACUGAGGGGGUUACUGGGGCCAUUGGGGCAGCAGGUCGAGAAAACUCUGCCGAUGGGGCUGACACCACAGUAGCAGGAGUGCAGCAACAGGUCACAGGUAUCCCGUCUACUGUCACAGCCCCUCCAGCCCCUGCCAGACCUCCCACCUCCCUCGGUGGACAGCCUGGCAGCAGCAGCAGCAGCCCCACUCUAGAGGAUGCUCUCUCCCAGCUGCAGAUCAGCCUCAGGCCCACACCUCCUCAGGAGCGGGCCGAGGUGGGGGAAGGAGAGGAAGAAGAUGAGGAAGAGGAGGCCUCGCCCUCCAGGUCCUCUGAUCCUCACACCUCUGUGGACGAGUCUGGCUCUGGAGAUUGGAGUGACGAUGAGGAAGAGGAGGACGAAGAAGAAGAGGGGGGAAAUGGAGAGCGUGUGGAGCCUUGGGAGGGGAGGCCACGGAGGCAAAGACUGAAUCCAGAGGACAGAGCCCCUCCUGGGGCAGAGUCCGCCUCUCCCCCUUCUUCAUCCAGUAGUAGUGGAAGGUCCAGAAUGCCUGAUGGCCAGUGUACAGUGACUGAAGUGUGAAGUCAUCAUCGAGCCCAUCAUCACCAAAUGGCUAUGUUCAAUUUAAUUAAUUUAUUCCUCACUGUAUGCUGCCGUUCACUCUGUCACAGAUGUGGGCGGACUGCUUGAUACCAGAGAAAUCAAGUGUAACAUACUCCAUGUUUUGAGGUAAACAACUCAAUCUUAGCAAUCAAAUUGGUGCCUCUGUUGGGCUCACAAUGAUCUGGAUGUAUCUGUGCGAUUUUGUUUUGUCUGUCUCAGCCUGUCAAUAGAAGCAAUGUGGGAUUUAUGUUCUAGCACUGAGACAGGAGGUACAGCUUGGUAAACAGCCAGAUGGAUACAGCAUGUUGUUGUGAGCGAUUAAAUCUCAGAAUUGUCUCUCCAGCACAUCAUGUGAGAUGUCAGACUUAUUGUGGCGUUGAGCUGCUGUCAGUCUGCUCACAUUCUUCCAUUUGAUUGCAGGAUUCUGUUCUUUUUAAAUUCCAGUAAAGUGGAGAUUUAAGAGGUAAAAGUGGCUUGCCACACUGCUUCUCCCUAUCCUAGGUGUUCUUAAGUUGAAACAUGUGAUCUGAGACCCAGAGGGUCUGUGGGAGGCUCGGCCAGAUCUUUGGCAUUGGAAAGAGAACGCAUAAAUGUGGAUUUUAUUCCAGGAAAUGGAAAUGUGUCUAUAUCAUUAUCAUGAACGGCUGCAUUCUAAUCAUCUACACUUUUAACUCUCUCAGCUAACAUAGCACGCAGAAAUGGGCUUGAUAGAGCUCAAGUCACCUGACUACUCUUGCAAAGAAUCCUUGAUAACUUGUUCCCAACCUCCACCCCACCUUAAUGAUUUCCUUCUUUCAGAUUUAACUGCUUAUGAAGCCUUUCCUUCAAAAUUCUCAAAUGUAAAUGUUAACCUUUUGUAAGUGUGUGUCAGAGCAAAUUGUGGUUUGAACAGUUUAAGGUUAUUUGGAUAAAGAAAUGAAACAGAAGUACUUACUGACUCUUUUAAGCCCUGUGGGUAUUUAAAUUCCACACUUGAUGUGCUUCAACAUAGUAAUGUAACUCAGGAGGCCGCAGGAUUAUCUGGCUGUGUGCCUGAGAGUUUUGAUUUCCUUUUAAGCUGCUUGCUGAAAUUUGAAAAUCUAUAUAAAUUACGGCUGCUGUUACAAAUGAAUGUGUGUAAUAAAAGUACAUAUCGAAUUUAUUUUAACCUCUCCAAGCCUAAAAUAAUUGGCAUUUUUUAAUGUGAAGUAUCAGUGUUUUCCUUUUUAAAGCUGUUGAGGCCUGAGCAGCCUCAUUAGUUUUCUUAUCGCCCCUGACUAAAGUAUUCUCGAUUGGUGUCUCUAAAGUUUUUGUGAUUUGUGCAUGUUUGAAGAGAGAGUUAUAUACACACUACUGGUCGGCAGGAUGUUGAAGAAGUUAUAUUUGUCGGUUGAUUUGGAGUACAUGUUUUUAAUUUGUGUUUUGUUUUUGCAUUUCUUAUGGUUGUAAAUCCUCCUCUGUACGAAGUCUGAGGUGGUAACAGAACAAGAACAUGCCAUUGCUAUCGGCCAUCCUGCAGAGAUUUCAAGUUCUGUUGUUUUUUUUUUAUAUUUCUGACAUGCUUACAUCAUCGGCUCAGUCUUAGACUUUCCAUUCUGAAGAAUAAAGUUUAUGUAACAGUUUUUGCUUGGCAAUUUUUUUUUUGUUACGUUUGUAAUUUAAGAAUAAAUUGUGUCAUUUCAUCAUCCUACAAGGA